CUUCCUUGCUAAGCGCAUGGAGCUGAGGACACGGAUCACUCUCCGUCUGUCUGGGCAGAAAACACAGCGGCUCACUCCUGCAGGCUGCGGCCGAGAAAGCAAGACGGGAAUAGGCACUGAAGGACGACCAAACACAGCUCCUUUUGAAUAUCCGAGAGCAAAGCGGCAACAGGGAAGCCGUGACAGACAGUAUCUAGGCAGCUUUUCUAGAAAUCGACCAGGGCAACAUGAGUGAGCGCUUUGACUGUGACAACUGCAAGGAAUCCCUGUAUGGCAGGAAGUACAUUCAGUCAGAGGACAACCCAUACUGCAUCCCCUGCUACGACAGCCUGUUCGCCAACACCUGCGAUGAGUGCAAAGAACUUAUUGGCCAUGACGCGAGGGAGCUGUUCUAUGAAGACAGACACUACCAUGAGCAUUGCUUCCGCUGUUUCCGCUGCGACCGCUCUCUGGCUGAUGAGCCCUUCACCAGCCAGGACGACGCCCUGCUCUGCAACGACUGCUACUGCAACGAGUUCUCCUCCAAAUGCGUGGCCUGCGAUAAGACUGUCAUGCCUGGCACUAGGAAGCUAGAGUAUGGUGGCUCCACAUGGCAUGAGGGCUGUUUCAUUUGUAACAGCUGUGAGCAGCCUAUUGGCUCCAAGUCCUUUAUCCCAGAUAAGGAUGACCACUACUGUGUGCCCUGCUAUGAGAACAAGUUUGCCCCUCGCUGCACCCGGUGCAAACAGGUCUUGACCAAAGGUGGAGUGACCUACCGUGAUGAACCGUGGCAUAAGGAGUGCUUUUUGUGUACAGGCUGUAAGGUCCAGCUAGCUGGCCAGCACUUCACCUCCCGAGACGAUAGUCCAUACUGUCUCAAGUGCUUUGGUAACCUCUAUGCCAAGAAGUGUGAGGCGUGUAGCAAACCAAUCACAGGUUUUGGUGGAGGAAAGUACAUCUCGUUUGAAGACCGGCAGUGGCACCAGACGUGCUUCACGUGCACCAGAUGCUCCGUGUCACUUGUGGGGGCUGGAUUCUUCCCUGAGAGAGAUGAGAUCCUCUGCCGUGACUGCAACAGCAAUCUAUAGAGCCUCCAUCCACUCUCUUAACACACACGCAUACAUACACAAACACAUGCCUGCAUGCCUCCACACUUACAGACUCACAGAAUUCAUAGCUUUCACCCACAGUGAUCCUGCUCAGUAAACACUGCUGUAUAUACAAGCUGUCUUAUUCCUAUUUGAUACUCAAUCAGGGCACACAGACAACAUUGUCAGCAAGUUGUAGGCAUGUGCUGUAGCACGCUUGUUCUCUGGUAUGUUUGUUGGAGUAGAAAGGGGCAGGUCAUUUAUUGCAUUGGAGUGACACAACUCCCAAAAGGUCUGUGAAAGACCAGGCUUGGAAAAAAUACAUCUCUGCAGACUUGUGCCUUAUAAGCUAAUGUACUGCACACCUUUUGGGUGUUUUUAAGCAUUUUGUAUUAUCUUUUGCCAAUUUCCUACUAGUUUUAUUUAUAGCCAAGGCCUCUUUUUUAAACAACCAGCCAAAGAACAUUAUAAAGCUCAACUCAAAGUGCCAAACUCUGUCUUCAAGACCUUGUAGAUUCCGCAGUUGGCUGGUCAACUGCUUGCUUUGGUAAGGUGGAAAGGAGCCCAUCAUUUUUUCCAUUCAGGGACAGUGUGGCUGCACUCCACAGACAAUAUAUGCACAACUGAAGCUUGGAGCAGUGAUUUACUGUAGAUGAACCUCCUAUGAUGUCUCAUUCCUAGGACCCCAGAAAGGAGAUGGUUUUAACACCUUUAAUUUCAUUUAGUGAAAAAUUCACCCAUUUUUGCCCUGCAGAACUGAUUACUAAUGAGUAGUUAAGAGUAUAGGAUUACAGCCAAUAAAACACCUAUAACAGAUCUAUAAACAUCAAAGAUCAGAGUGUCUUGCUAAAUAAUGAGAUUCGCCAUUUUCCAAAUGUUACAAAUAUUUAUUGUGUGCUGCAUUGCACAAAAGUAGCAGCCACAGGAACACACAGUGGUAAUGUAAUAGACAUAAAAAAUUAAAAGUUGAGUGAGUAUUUGAAUGCUGUAGUCUGGUGAGCAUUUUUGAUGCAGUGUUUAUUUGUAUUUUUCACCGUUUUGUUACUGAGCAUAUUGUAACUUUGCAGUCCAAAUGCUUUUGAUACUCUAAUGGACUUUUCCAAAUACUUGUAUGUUUAACCGACCAAAAAGUGUCUUUUACCGAAAUGUGGGAAAUGAAGUUUGUGAUGUGUUUUACAGAAAGCAUUCAUGCAUUUGCACUAUAGCUAAAUUUAGUGUAUCCUGUGCACAGACAGUAGUCAAAUUCAAAGACACAGCAUGCAUACACUGUAUAUAAACAGAACACAGACCACUCCCUAUUCUCUGUCUGCUUGUUGUUCUUUGGUCUAACAUAUACUUGCUCACUGCUCAACACGCAUAGCUAUUUUUCUGUAAUCUUUUAUAUGUUAUGUGCUUUACUUUUUUUUUCUUUGAGCCAUAUUUGCUAAGAGUGAAUGAUAGGGCGAGUCCCAUAAAAUGUAUGUUGCAAUAUGAAUAUGUCAGCAGGAUGGUAUGCAUGCUGUUCUCUUACUUUUUAUUUCCUUUCCUGACUUCGAUGAUUGCUCUAUUACUGAAGAGAAUAUUACUGAUUUCACCAUUAGAACAUUUCUAAAUAUAUGUAUUCACUUUGAGCUUUGAUGCUGGCUAGUCAGAGUUAGCUAAUGCUUUUUUUAUUUGUUUGUGUUUAGAAAGAUGUAAUACAGACAUUAAGAUUGGGAGUAUGAAAAAAUACUCAUUCAGAUCCAAAGAUGUUUGCUGAUAUCAUUUGUUAAUAAAUAUUUUAUGAAUGAAUCUA